AUGAAGGUGUAUGACAUUGUAAUAGUAGGCAAGAACAUUUCGGCUAUGACUGCAGCCAUAUACGCAGGAAUGUCGAAAACCAAGACUUUGUACAUCAACUGCCCGAACGAAAAGAUCGAAGUCACCGGCGUAAACAACUACCUGGGAUACGAGGCAGGAACAUACGAUGCGUUCCAUGAAAACACGUACAAGCAGCUAAUGAAGUUUCAGGUCGAGAAAAUAGAGAGCAACGUCAAGAAAAUAGUCAUUGAGGAAAACACGGCAAGAAUAUGCAUCGAAGGAGAGCCUGAUGUUGUAGCGAAUGCGCUAAUACUAUCAACAGAAGAUGUAUACAACAAGAUAGAAAACAAAAAAGACAGCAGCUUCAUAUUUAAGUGUGGAAAGCUGCUGAACAAUUGCACAGAAAUGAUUUCCCUGGCAGGAACAGGCAGCAUGGCGGCAAUAGAUGCCCGGCAGUUUAUAGCCGAGAAAAAGUAA